AUGGAUAUACAAAACGGACGAUCGGCCAAACCGGGAGAACUGCCGUGGAUUGUCUACAUUGAAGUUCAUAUUAAACUAUCGAUUUUGACGUUUUGGUUCAAACCUAAAAUUUAUAAGGGAACCGGUACUAUACUUAACAAAAAAUGGAUUAUUACUUGCGCUCACCUAUUAAAUAAGAAAAACAUAGAUAGCAUUGCUAUCUAUCCGGCAAUACUAGAUAAGCGACAUAAGGGUCGGUCCUAUAGUGUGGCCAAACAUUUGUUGUAUCCUUCAUAUGGAAAAUCAUCAAAAGAUUAUGACAUCGGACUCAUCAAACUGGAUGAGGAUCUACCCAUUCAAACACCAGAUACUCCACAAUCAUGGCUUCCAAUGAACGGAAUCUGUUUGCCUGAUAUCGGAAUGACGACAUAUCCAAUGAUGACUUUGUACGGAUCGGUUGGACACAAAUAUUGCCACUAA